CAUCCGCCAACUGUCAACUCGUAACUGUCACCCAAAAUGACAACCGAAAAUCAACCUUGGCAUCACUGUCAGCUCUUGUGUUAUGAGAAUUCGACGAUACAACGACGGUGCAAAUUUCUAAACUUCGUCAAGUCCUAAGCAGUCCAACCACAGAAGCAUGUCGCUCAAACCGCGAAGAAUAGUGUUCGAAGAGGUCUGGACGGACCUGCGGGAAACGGUACAGCAGGUGAUCACACUGCAGGGCAUCAAGCGGGAUGUCUGGAGCAAUCGAUUUGUCGACGUGUACGAAAUAUGCGUUGCACACCCGGAACCGUUGGCCGAUCGGUUGUAUCUGGAGACGAAAACGUUCCUUGAAAAUCACGUCCAAACGCUGCUGGAAAAGCGUGUCCUUGUAGCCGAUUCUCAACACGCUUCCAAGGAUGAAACGUUCGCCGGAGCAUCGUCGUCCGGGUCGGGGUCGUAUCUGCUGUUGGAGCGAUAUUUCGACGCGUGGGUUGAAUACAGCCGUGGUUCGCAGUACUUAAACCAUCUCUAUCUCUAUCUCAAUCAACAGCACAUCAAGAAACAAAAGCUUAACGAAGCGGAAGCCGUGUACGGUUGCAACAACCAUGGCGAUAGUCAGGAGAAGAUGGAGAUCGGUGAGCUGACGCUCGAAAUCUGGAACCAGUACAUGAUACAGCGGCUCGGUGACGAGCUGGUCGAUCAGAUACUGAGCGGCAUAAAUGCGGAACGGGCAAACAAUUCUGGUGGCCAGUAUAACAACAAGAACACAGAGGUUAUACGGGGUGUGAUACAAAGCUUUGUCGCCGUGCAGGAGGACCGCCGGAAGGGUUCGCUCAAGCUGUACCAGGAACUGUUCGAGGCGCGCAUGCUGGAGGAAAGCGGUCAAAACUUCCGCAUCGUAGCGAGUGAUUUGUUGCAGGUGUGCAGCGUUAGUCAGUACAUGGAGCGGAUAAUCAAAAAGUUCGAAGAGGAAGAAAAGUUGGCUAAAAUUUAUCUACAUGAAAGUUCUCUUCCCAAACUGCGCAAGGUGUGCGAGGAGGAAAUGGUGACCAAACACAUGAACUUCCUGUACUCCGAGUGCAAGGAGAUGGUGGCAGACGAGAAAAGCACUGAUCUGAGAAAUCUCUACAUCCUGCUCAAACCGGUUACGGACGGGUUGAAGCGGCUGAUCGAGGUGUUCCUGGAGCACAUCAAGGAGCAGGGCAAGAAGACAAUUUCGUGCAUGAAGGGUGAUUCGGUACAUAUACAGUUCGUGGAAAACAUGCUGGACGUCCACCGGAAGUACGAGGAACUGAUACACACGACGUUCAAGUCGGACCCGCUGUUUUUGGGUGCGCUCGAUAAAGCUUGCGCUCGGAUCAUCAACGAGAAGCACAGCAAUAAUCAGGUAUGCCGCAGUGCCGAGCUGGUCGCCAAAUACUGUGAUAGCUUGCUGAAGAAAUCGAAAACGACUGAGGGCGAAAUCGACCAGAAGCUGACGCGCAGCAUCAUCAUCUUCAAGUACAUCGAGGACAAGGAUGUUUAUCAGAAGUUUUACAGCCGCAUGCUGGCCAAACGAUUGAUUCACGAGCAGUCGCAAAGUAUGGACGCGGAAGAGCUGAUGAUCAACAAGCUGAAGCAAGCGUGCGGGUACGAGUUCACCAACAAGCUGCACCGCAUGUUCACCGACAUUUCGGUAUCGAUAGAUUUGAAUGCAAAGUUUAGCAAAUAUUUGAACGACAACAAUCACGAGACUGGUAUCAACUUUUCUGUCAAGGUGCUGCAGGCCGGUGCGUGGCCCCUGGGACCAACGCAAGUCGUGGCAUCGUUCGCCAUACCGCAGGAGUUUGAAAAAUCGAUCCGUCUGUUCGAAGAGUUUUACCAUAUCAACUUUAGCGGGCGCAAGCUGACCUGGCUGCACCAUCUGUGCCACGGCGAGAUGAAGCUGUCGUUCGAAAAGCGCAACUACAUCGUCACGAUGCAGACGUACCAGAUGGCAAUACUGCUGAUGUUCGAAAACACGGACAAGUACACGUGCAAGGAGCUGCAAACGUCGCUGCAGCUGCAGCAGGAAAUUUUCCAACGGCAUCUGCAAAGUUUGGUGGAGGCCAAACUUUUGCUACUUAGCGAAGAGAAAAUGAAUGACGAUACGGAGGUUAGCAUCAACGUAAAUUAUAACAACAAGCGCACUAAAUUCAAAAUCACCACCAACCUGCAGAAGGAAACACCGCAAGAGGUGGAACACACGAUGAAUGCCGUGGACGAAGAUCGCAAGAUGUAUCUGCAGGCGGCGAUCGUACGCAUUAUGAAGUCUCGAAAGGUGCUACGACACAACACCCUUAUACAGGAGAUUCUCUCCCAGUCGAAGGUUAGCUUUGCACCGAACGUGUCGAUGAUUAAAAAGUGCAUCGAGUCACUAAUCGACAAGCAGUACAUCGAACGAACGCCCAACUCCGGCGAUGAGUACAGCUACGUGGCAUAGGAUGGCGCUCGGCGGUGGCUUUGCAUUAACCCGUGUGGCGUGUGGAACCUAGCAGCGGAUGGAUUGUUAAAAGAGACGUUGUAAAAGGAUGCUCGCCCAUGCUACCCCACUCCUCUCCACCCUCCACACACACACACACACACACACAUCCACCGUGCGCCGGUACGGUUACAGUUGUUUAUGAAAUAAUGGAUCGUUCAGGCAGAGUGAUAUACACGGGAAGCGUUACAAGUAAUAUACACACAGUGAGGAAAACGAGAGAGAGAGAGAGAGAAAAUUAAAGAAAAUCUUUCAAGAAAAAUGGCUCAAGCGCACUCCAAACAUUGUCCAGAGCCGACGACGACGAUACGAACAUCCUCUCCUUCACAUACACAUCACUUCCAGCGACCAGAGCAUCUCGAGCUCGUUGUUUUCCUUUUGUUUUGCGUUUCUUUUUUGCAGUGGGGAAUGAACCUAAGCUUAACUUUUAAAUCGUUUCUGGUUUUUCGAUACUCUCUUAUAUCGCUGGUCACGAUCGCGCGCGCGCGCAUAUGUGUGUGUGUGUGGAGGUUGAAUUUUGCUGCGAACCUAUUGUUUCUUUUUGUACCACUUUUUGUAAAUACAUAAUCUUUUGUACGUGUUCAUGUUUUCUUACCAAGGAAAACGAAGUAACGAA